UUUAGAAUGAUUUAGAACCGCGAUGCGCCUUUAUUGAUGGAUCUGGACACGUAGGAGUGUCGCGAGGUAUAUCAUAGAUCGCUGGAAUGCCGCUGCGCAUUGCGAUAACAGGCGUCGCGGGACGCUUGGGCGCUGCCAUCUCAAAAGCGCUGAAAAAGGACGCGCGCGUCGAGGUGGUAGCAGGACUCGACGUCAUUGCGGGCAAGGAAGUCACGCAGACCGCGGACCUCGCGGCCGGCGGCUUCCGCCUGCCUGGCUGCGACGUCGUCGUGCACGCGGCGGCGCUGCCAGGGCCCUCGCGGACGCCGCCACCGGGCGUCGACGCGACGCUGGGCGAGCGGCUCGAAAGUGCGAACAUCAUUGGCCUCGAGGACGCGGCUCCGGUGGACCUGCUUAUAAAUAAUGUCUCGUCGACCAUGCGGGUGCUCGAGGCCGCGGCGGACGCCGGCGCGGCGCGCGUCGUGCUGUCGUCGAGCGCGUUCGCGAUGGGCUGGGCGCACGACCCCCGCGCGUUUCUGCCGGAGACGCUGCCCCUCACCGACGACACGCCGCCGCGGCCGCACGAGGCGUAUGGCCUCAGCAAGGCGCUCGGCGACGAGAUCGGCGCAUCGUAUGCGAGGUCGUCGGGCCUCGAGGUCUGCUCCCUGCGCUUCACGAACGUUGUCAAGCGGGAAGUGUUCGACCGCAUGCCCUGGGCGUACUCGGAGGACAUUCCGCUCCUCCAGUGGGCGUGGUGUCACGAGGACGACGUCGUCGACGCGCACGCGAUCGCCGCGACGGCGCCCGCGUCGCAGCUGUUCGACGGGGCCGAGCCGCGAUACACGAGUCUACUCGUGGCCGCUGCGUCGACGCGCUUCGCUCAAUCGACGGCGGACCUGCUGGCGGAGCGCUUCGGCGCCCGAGCGCCGGCGUUCCGCGGCCAGGGCAACGACUCGAUCCUGGACGCAUCGCGCGCGCGACGCGCGCUGAAGCCCUGGCGGCCGCGGUGCUGGCGUCGGGGCUUCGCGUCGGCGGCGGCCGUCGCGGCGCGCGACGAUCCUGCGGUCGAGUACCUCGACAUUGGUGGCUUCGAGCUAGAUUCGGGCGCGACGCUGCCGCAACACGCCCGACUUGCGUAUCGAGUGUUCUCCGACGGCGAGGGCCCGCUCGUGCUGCAGCCCACCAGCUUCGGCGCCGUGCACACGGAGCUCGAGGCCGACGCGUCUAUGCUCGACGAGGCUUUUGGCGAGGACGCGACCGUCGUCGCCGUGAACAUGCUGGGCAACGGCGUCUCGUUCUCGCCGGGCGACGGGGGCUACCCGGACCUCGUGAGUAUUGAUGAUAACGCGCGGCUGCAGAAGAAGCUCGUCGACGACGUCUUCGACGGGCGGCAACUUUCGCUCGCGUACGGCUACUCCAUGGGCGGCAUGCAGGCGCUGGCUUUCGUGCGGCUGUUUCCCGACGCCGCGGCGCGGGUCAUGUGCGUGUGCGGGGCGGCGGGAUGCGAGGCCUACAACGCCGUGUUCCUGGAGGCGCUGCUCGCCGUGUUGGCGGGCGGCGGGACGCGGGAGGAGAAGCUCCGGGCUUUUGGCACGGUCUACGCUGGGUGGGGUGUUGGUUACCAAUUCUAUCGCGACGAGAUCUGGCGCGAAGGCUUCGAGAGCCUCGAGGAUUUCGUCGAGCGGUCGUACGUCGGCGGUUUCGCGCGGGACGACCCCGACGACCUGCGGGCCAUGGUGCGCACCUGGCGCGCCGCUCCGCCGGCGCCUCCCGGCCUCGAGGAUAUCAAAGCGCGCGUCCUGCUCGCGCCGUGCGACACGGACGCGUACUUCCGCGUAUCGGAAGUCGUGGAUCUCGCGCAACGAAUCCCGGGAGCCGUCGUGCGCCCCCUGGCGUCGCCCUACGGCCACCGCGCCGGCGACCCCCAGCGGCCCGGCAUGGAGGCCGAGCGGGAGUGGCUCCGGGGCGCGGUGUCGCGGUUCCGCGAGGGCGACUAGUUAUAGCUCCCCCCCGGUUUUGUU